UAGGUUCAUCUAGCCGGAAUGUCGAUCUCUUCUUUGAUUUGCGUUAGCCUUUUUCUCGGCACCACAGUAGCCAUAGUUUUUCCACAGCACAAUUGCUCUGAAUAUUUUACGUAUGGCAUGGGAAAAGACGGUAGUUCCAUAGGCGUUUUCACGGCUAAGAAAGGAAUACAUACUCCAUUGAAUUUUAGUGUGACAUUCGCUUUAAAAGGCUCUGCUAAGGUCACGCCUAUCGAGCCGUACCCCGAAUUGCCUAAAGUACGACAAAAUAUUAAGUUGGGAUUGCGUGCCCAGACGUUUGUCCGAUUCGUUAAUGUCACAGAGAUGAUGCCUGUGCCAAUUAAGUUUUUUUUAAAUAACGAAUUACUUUGCAACACAACUAUACCGGAAUCUUCCGAUUUCUAUCAUGAGGUACCGGUGGAAAUAGAGAUAGACGCACCAGAAAAUAAUGUAAAGGGGCAUGGCAGUCUCCCCCGUAUGCAACCAAUCUUUCCAGAAAUACAACCCACAAUCUACAUUGAAUAACACACAAAGUUUAUUUAAAAAUUUUUAAUCGACUAGGACAAAAUUAAUUACCAACAAAUUUCAUUAAAUAUGUAUAUCUGAAAAUUUACAAAUCACCUUAUUUCGAGUUUCAUAACAACGAUUUAAAUAUGUAUACCUGCAAAUGUAAAAAAUUACGUUAUUUCGAAAUAUAAAACAACGAAUUAAUA